CUUGUUUCUGUAAUCUUGCUCACCACACGCCCUUAUGAAAACAUGAUUCUGUGUGCGUAGUCCCCGUUCUGACAGAAAAUACCAGGUGCUCCAAUGGCGUCAUGCCAACCAUCCUUCUGUCUCGCCUCCUCUUUCUCUCUCCAAAUCCAAACCUCCCUCUAGUCUUUAAACCCCUUGAAUGGAAUCCACUCGGAUCAGUAUCUCAGCCAUUCUUUCUUGGAUUCCAUCACACCAUGAGCCCAACUCCCCAAAUUAACCAAAACCCAUCUCAAAUCCGCUCUUUAGUUUCAAUAUUUCUCAUACAUUUGGUGUUUAAUUUUCCAAAUCUCAAUUAGACAACUCAAAUCAUUUGUUUAAUCGCGGUUGGUGCGUCGACAAUUCCGAGAAUACAACUCCUUGACGAAAGAGCAUCUUACUCCCAAUACCUAAUUUCCCAGAGUCAAUGGAGGAAAGGACGGCGCUUUUCGGGAAGUACGAGGUGGGGAAGCUGCUGGGCAAGGGGACCUUCGCGAAGGUCUACCAUGGCAGACAAAUCGCGACGAACGAGAGCGUGGCGAUUAAGGUGAUCAGCAAGGACCAGGUGAAGAAGGAAGGGAUGAUGGAGCAGAUCAAGCGGGAAAUCGAAGUGAUGCGUUUAGUCCGCCACCCGAACGUCGUGGAGCUGAAAGAAGUCAUGGCGACCAAGACCAAGAUCUUCUUCGUUAUGGAGUACGUCAGGGGCGGCGAGCUCUUCGCUAAGGUGGCGAAGGGGAGGCUGAAGGAGGAUCAGGCCCGGAAGUACUUCCAGCAGCUGAUCUCCGCCAUCGAUUUCUGCCACAGCAGGGGCGUCUCCCACCGCGAUUUGAAGCCGGAGAAUCUGUUGCUUGAUGAAAACGAGGAUCUGAAAAUCUCCGACUUCGGACUCUCCGCUCUGCCGGAGCAGCUCCGGAACGACGGGCUUCUGCACACCCAGUGUGGGACUCCUGCUUACGUGGCGCCGGAGGUGCUGAGGAAGAAGGGGUACGACGGAUCUAAGGCGGAUAUCUGGUCGUGUGGAGUUGUGCUGUUCGUUUUGCUGGCUGGGUUUCUGCCGUUCCAGGACGAGAAUCUGAUGAACAUGUACAGGAAGGUUUUCAAGGCGGAGUUUGAAUGUCCGCCGUGGUUUUCGACGGAGGCGAAGCGGUUAAUCUCGAAAAUGUUGGUUUCCGACCCGGAGAAGCGAAUCACCAUUCCGGCGAUCAUGCGCACGCCGUGGUUUCGCAAAGGGAUGAAGAAACAGGAGGAGUUCACGGAACCCACGGAAGGUGUUGAUGAAAAGUCCGACGGGAGCGACCCUCCGAAGUUCUUCAAUGCAUUUGAGUUCAUUUCUUCGAUGUCGUCCGGGUUCGACUUGUCGAAUUUGUUCGAGAAGAAGCGGAAGGCCGGGUCCGUGUUCACGUCCAAGUGCUCGGCUGCGGCGAUCAUGGCAAAGAUCGAGGCGGCGGCAAAGGGGCUAAGCUUUAAAGUGGGGAAAGUAAAGGACUUCAAAUUAAGGAUGCAAGGGCCGAAUGAAGGGCGAAAAGGGCGGCUUUCGGUGACCGCGGAGGUGUUCGAGGUGGCGCCGGAGGUGGCGGUGGUGCAGUUUACGAAGUCGUCCGGGGAUACUUUGGAGUAUGCCAAGUUUUGUGAGGAAGAUGUUAGGCCAGCAUUGAAAGACAUUGUAUGGACAUGGCAAGGUGACGGUAGCGGUAACGGAAACGGGAAAGUCGACUGUGAUCAAGUUCAAGACCGAUUAAACGAAGAUUAAUGUGUUAAAGUAAUUAAUAGUAACAAUCUUGGAAAUACUGAACCUAAUUUUGGGGUUUUUGGCUUUCACAUUUUGUAGUUGGUUUUUUGCUUUUUGGGCUGUUUUCGGUUUUUAGCAAGAAGGAGGAUUAAUUUGUACAUAUUUUGUGAUUAGAAUGCUAUUUAGUAUUUUGUAAGCGCCACAGUGGAAUGUUGAAAAACUUUGUAAAGACGUAAAGAGUUUAGUAAAGCAUCGAUUUUCUGUAA